GUUGUUACAAGAUGACUAACUUGGGUGCUGAGAUAACAUUUUUUAAUUUCGCAUCAUUUUUUUAUAAAAAACAAAGAAAAUUUGUGAAAUUGUGACAGUCCCAGUCUACCGUGCUGCCAUCUAUCAACUUGCUCCAGCGUUAGAAUCAAUUAUAAUAGCGAGUUGGUUUACCUGUCUGUCUCUAUAUCGUGCGUGUUAUUUAUAUAACGUGUGUUAUUCUUUAAUAAUACUUUGUGAAACAGUUGAUAUAAUGGAACUUUACGUAGGCCAUAAACUGUUGUUGGAGGUACCCCGCUCAUCGGACUACCAAAAAGUUUCUUCAAUUCUGCAAAUUCCGCAAGACGAUUUCUAUCUCUUGAAGAAUGGAAAACGCAUUUCCCAAAAUGAAGUUAACAUAUUUGGGAAAGUUGAUGUGGUUUAUCGUUUGGUGGGCGGUAAAGGCGGUUUUGGUUCUAUGCUCAGAGCAAUUGGGGCCCAAAUCGAGAAGACCACAAAUAGGGAGGCGUGCAGAGACUUAAGUGGCCGUCGUUUGCGGGAUAUAAACGAGGAACAACGACUAAAAAAUUGGAUUGCGGCACAAGCUGACCGUGAAAAAGAAGCUGCAGAGAAAAAGCAAAAGAAAUUGGAACGUCUGAUUGAACAACCAAAACAUGAGUUUAAAGAUGAAGAAUAUGAUAAAAUAAGGUCAGCGUUACCUGAAAAAGUCGAAGAUGCUGUUCUUCAAGGCCUACAAGCGUCUUGUAGUACAAAAAGGAAAUCGGAUGAGGGUAAAGGCAGUGUUAAAAAGAAAAAACCCAAAUUAUGGAUUGAUGAUGAGUUGAGCGAAUCAGAUGGAGACGUGGACAGUGAAGAUGAGAGUAAAGCAAAUUUUAAAUCUAGCAAAGAAAUUGUAGCAGCGACAUAAUAAAAAACAUGUUUAAAUCAAA